AAGCUCAAGAACCUUGUAGUGGACAGAUUGAACCAAGAAACAGCUGAAAGCAUCUGGAGCCCCAAAGACCAGAAGACAUUUGUCGAAAGACUUCAAAAUGAAGACCAUCUUUCUGCUAGCUGUACUAAUAGCCUGUGGCUUAUCUGAGGUGAAAGGGAGCUUGAGAGAAUUCAACAGCAUGAUUGGGAAGCUCACAGGGAAGAAUGCAUUGUUUAGCUAUGGCUUCUACGGCUGUUAUUGUGGCUGGAAAGGCAAAGGAACCCCCAAGGAUGCUACUGACAGGUGCUGUUUCGCCCAUGACUGCUGCUAUUCAAAGCUGAUGAAGAAAGGCUGCAAGCCCAAAACACAGAGCUACAAAUUCACAUACAAGGGUGGAUCCAUCACCUGUGGGUCUGGGAGCUACUGUCAGAAGCAAAUCUGUGCCUGUGAUCGAGUAGCUGCCUUCUGUAUGAAGAGAAACCUGAAGAGUUACAGUACGAAGUAUCGCAACUACUCCAAUUUCCUAUGUAGAGGGAAAAGUCCUAAAUGCUGAGAGCUUCUGUUCCCCUUCCUCAGCAAGAAUUGACAAGAAGGAGCCUGAAAAUUCCAAUUCCAAAGCCAUCACCUCCCAAUCCACAGCUUUUCACAUUUCCUUUUCUGAACAGUAUUGCUUUGACAUCAGAAUUCAGAUUAAUUAAUGCAAUCAAAUCAACAAAGCUUUAUUAACUGCUUACUCUGGGCCAAGCUUUCUAAUGUAAUUACCGACCUCUCUUCUAGAGUGCUGAUGAUGAAACCCAUCUCCCCUGUCUCAGGAGAGAGUUGGAAAAGGAGGGAUGUGGAAGCUACACAUGUAGUCUGAUGCUGUUGGGAUGUUUGGUUUGGUUUCUUUUAUUCUUCCUCUUUGUUAUGAGGAGGGGUAGUUAUUAGGAAGUGACAGUAAUAUGA